GUGGGCGGGGCGGAAAGGCGCGUGCCUGCCUCGGAGGCGGGCCCGGUCCCUCGCCGGCUCCGCCCUCGCUGGGUGCUGAGCCGCCGCGGGCUGCGUGGGUGCCGGGUGGGGGGGUUCGCGCCGCCGCUGCCGCCGCCGCUAUGGAGCUCCUGGAGGCGCUGGACGUGGCCGGGCUGGCCGCCGCCUUCGCCCGCCUGCCCGUCUUCCCCGUCUUCGACCUGGGCUACUUCGUCGUCUCCAUCCUCUACCUCAAGUACGAGAAAGGGGCCGUCGAGCUGUCCCGCCAGAGUCCCUUGGCCUCCUGGGUGGUCGCCAUGCUCUACUGCUUUGGCAGCUACAUCCUGGCUGACCUGCUGCUUGGAGAAGCUCCCAUCGACUACUUCAGCAACAAUGCCAGCGUACUUCUGGCCACUGCAGUCUGGUACCUGACUUUCUACUGUCCCCUGAACCUCUACUACAAGUGUGUGGCUUUCCUUCCGGUAAAACUGGUUUUUGUGGCAUUGAAGGAGGUUGUCCGAACGCGGAAGAUUGCUGCUGGGGUCCACCACGCCCACCACCACUACCAUGAGGGCUGGCUCAUCAUGGUUGUCAUUGGGUUUGUCAAAGGUUCCGGAGUGGCUCUGAUGUCAAAUUUUGAGCAGCUGCUGCGUGGAGUCUGGAAGCCGGAAACGAAUGAGCUCCUGCACAUGACUUUCCCAUCCAAAGCCAGUCUGUAUGGAGCCAUACUCUUCACUCUGCAGCAGACACACUGGCUGCCCAUCUCCAAAGACAUCCUCAUCUUCUUCUUCACACUCUUCAUGAUCACCUGCAAGGUGUUCAUGACGGCGACUCAUUCUCACGGUUCACCAUUUGCACCUGUGGAAGGAGUGUUGUGUCCAGUCCUCUUUGGCUCUGUGCCUUCUGGCCAUGACGAUCACCCUCAUGACCACCACCACGGAGGCUCCCAUGAACCAAUCCCUCCCCCCGCGUCCCUGCUGCCGGCUAAAACACGGGACGAGCUGAACGAAGGCACCCGGAAGCGGAAAGCCAAGAAGGCUGAAUGAGCAGUGGGCUGGAACCGUCUGACCCUCCCGGGGUGUUGUGCUGCUCCUUACUGGGCCUUCGGAGGAUAUUGUCUGGGAGAGGGCCAGACAGCUUCACGGCUGCCCAGAUUUCCUUGCCUCCCAUGCCUGGAGUACAAAACAGACUCCCAGGCGAUCCUUCUCUUUGUCUUCUUAAUCCUGAUCAGUGGAGGAGCUGGAAACUACUGUUGAAAUCCCACUGCAUUCUAAAUGGCACGGAGCAGCCGCCACAGCCCUCGGCAGCCUCUCUGCACCAGCACGAACUGUGCCUCUGCUCCCAGACAUAAGCCAGCAACUCAGGGAGCCAGCCCAGCCCACUGCCAUCUUUCACGCACGUUGUUGGGGUGCAAAGUCAGGGGUCUGCCCGGUCCCCCAUUCAGGCAGCAGCAUUUUGUUCUGCCACGUGACAGAGUGGGGUGGGUGGGGAGAAUCCCCCAUUGCACGCAAGGCCUCCCACACCAGAAGGAAGUGCAUGAAGCCCUGCCUGGUAGUGCUGCUACUGCUGCUGUGUGUGUUAGUGUGUUUGAACAGCAGCAGCUUCGGACUUAGAUCCAGUAUAGUAUUUAGUUAGGUUUCUGUGCAAAGCACGUUGGGGCAUCAGGUCCCUGAGCCUGAGUAAACUAUUUACUGAUUGAUUGAUUGUGAUAGUUGUAAUGAUCGAAAGAUUUUCUAGGCAGGCAUUGGUAGAAUUAUGGCUGGCAUUUUUGCAUUUCAAGCUCCCCAAACCCACUAUUCCUGCUGUGCUGUCGGUACUGAAGAGCCUGUGUCUUUUUUUCUCCUAUGACGAACAGACUGGAGAAUCCCAAGCUGGCCACUCCAAAAACCCCUUGAACCGUCUCACCCCAUAUGUCCCUGGUAGGCCUCUGCGUUCUGCUGAGGGCAACUUGCUGAUGAUCCCCGGCCCCUCUGUGAUGCGGCUGGCCUCUACCUCUGUGAUGCGGCUUUUACGGCCCU